AUGACCACAACUCGCCUCUCCCCCUCCUGCCAACAAAUCAUCUCCUCAGACAUCUCCUCACUCCAAAACGGCAGCAUCACAAUCCGCUCUUGCAUGGACGACCCCGACCUCGCCCCAACAAUCACGAACCACCGCUGCAACAGCGUCGUCCUCACACCCUCAGGUCUCUACACCGACAUGGCCAUAACAGUCGCCUCCCACAUCUGGCACCACCACCGCGGCGCCAACGCCCCCCUCCCAGGCCUAAACGUCCACAACCUCGAAGUCCACAAACCGCUCAUCGUCAAAGACCCCACCCAAAUGUCCACUCUCUGGCUCGAAAUGACCACCACCCUCUCCCUCCCACCCAACACCCACGAAGACAUAACCUCCACAACCCUCCACUGCGUCUUCCACAGCAUCUCCCCCUCCGGCACAAAACUCCAGCAGAACGGCCACUGCAACGUCAGCUUCGAGUGGUACUACGGCUGGCUCUCCGAAUGGAGCCUCCAAUACAACCACGUAACGUCCCGAAUCGCAGCCCUCCGCUCAAACCCCCACAGCCAAACCGUCAACCGCGCCAAGGCCUACAAACUCUUCGAGUCCUUCGUGCAAUACAGCGGCAAAUACCAAAACAUGUCCUCGUGCGCCUUCGACGCCGCGACGCUCGAGGCGACGUCGACGCUGGAGUUCCUCGCGCAGCCGGAGAGUGAUUUCUGCGGACCAUAUUACCACGACGGGAGUUGUCAUGUUUCCGGGUUUGUGUGUAAUGCCGUCGAGCAGAAUAAGGAGAGUAAUGCGUUCAUCUCGAAUGGGGUUACGGCGAUGAAGUUGAGUCCGUUGUUUGAUCCUUCGAAGGAGGGGACGGAGAUUAGCAACUACGUCCAAAUGUCCCCCCUCCCCAAUGACAAAACGGUCCUGCAAGGCGACGUGUACGUUCUGCAAGACGGACAGAUCGUGGGCAUGUGGGAAGGCGUUCGGUUCAAGAAGAUUCCUCGUCGGGUGCUGAAUGUGUUUUUGCCGCCGCCGAAGAAGUAA